UUGAUUGUUAUUCCUGUCAAUGCUGAUACAUCAAUUUCAACAAUCACAGGAUCAUAUAAACCAUCAAAAUACGUCAGCAAACAAAACAUUCAGAAGAUAAUAAACAAGCUUUCAGAAGAUCCUGCGUUUAAUGAACUUUCUAGAAUGUUGUUAGAAACAGCAAAGAGCCACAUCGAAGUUAGCGAACUCAAAGAUUUUGCCUCAGAUAUCGAUACAAUUCUUAAAGAAUCGAAUGAUAGAAACACAAUCAAAAUCGGCGAAGAAGCCAAAACAAUUAUUUCAACAGCCGCGCAUUUGAUCAACAACAUAGAAUACGCAGAAUCCGGUCUUAUUACAGCCAUGAAGAAUGGAUAUUGGGUUUUAUUCGAUGGCGUUGAAUCAUGUCCUUCAAAUAUAUUGGAAAGAAUCAUUACAUUGCUUGAUUUCGAACCAUCCUUGAAUUUAUAUGAAGUUGAUGAAGGAAUUACUUAUUCCACUAAAUCACAAAACCUGAUCCAUGAUGAUUUCAGAAUCAUUAUCACAUACAAUGAUGUAGGAACACAUAAAAAGACUCCUCUUCCACAAACAAUACUUUCAAGAUGUGCUAUUCUAAGAAUGGAUCCAAUUGACAUUGACCCUCGAACAGUUGCAGAAAUAUCAUUGUUCAAUGUUCCAGAUGUCGAUUAUAUAUUAGCUGACCAAAAUGUAAUUGACAAAAUCGAACUAGUUACAAGAAUUGGUAAUUGCCAUUGCUAUAUUCGCAAUCAACAACUUGAAGAGAAUCCAAAUGGAUCAAGUUACGAAAUUACAGGAAGAUCAAUCUUAAGAAUUUGCAAAUUACUUAAUUAUUUCUGCAACAUUUCUAGAAAUGGAGAAGUUGAUUACAAUCAAAUCAAAAGAGCUUUGACAAUUACUUAUAAUAAGAAUUUCAAUGAAAUAGAUAAUGAUGAGAAUCAACUCAAUCAAUCUAUUUAUAGUUCGUUCCUUCAAGAUCCUGAUAAAGAUUUCAUCACAAAUUUGACACAAUUGUACUACAAACAAGUCAUUGAUAGAAAUAAAUUGAAUGGAUUAAUUGAAGAAAGAGUUCGCAGCGAUCAACCAAUUAUUAAUGUAUUUUAUGUAAUUGAACGCGCAUUGUUUGAAGAUAUCUUUAAUCUCGUGGAUUUCUUGAAUGAAUUGGUAAAAGAUUUCAAGUCAGUGACAAAACAAAAUUGGCUCAUUGAUUACGUUUACUUGCAGAGAUUGACUGAUAUCGUGGAAAGACUUACUGAACUCAAGGAUGAAACUAAAGAUGACAUCAAAAGUUUGACACUUACUAAUAGUUUAAGAUCAAAGGAUCCAAAAUUGAAAGAGAUUCUUGCAGAGUUUUCAUUCCUUUGUCAAACAUAUCCUACUUACGAAGGCAUAACUUUACCUGCACAAUUUGCUUCUGAAAGAUUUGUUUUGGAUUCUAUUUCAAAUGAAAUCAAAAUCAAUGUUUUCAGAUAUCCAAAUUUAUAUUUCAAUUUUCCAAAAAUAAAGAAAUUUCUCAAUUCUUUGAUGGAAUAUUCAAACACAUAUUCGAAGCUUACAUAA